GAAAAUGGCACCUUCCAUUUCUCGCCAUGAGUUGCUCUUACCCCCACAAACUACGCAUCUUCUAAUUGGGAAGGCUCAGUCAGUCAUUCUCCCACGGCAGUCGCGACCCAAAGUGGUAACUGCGACCUCGCUAUCGCUGAUCAUUCGAAGGGCGUUCAUUUCAAUUGGAAGACGACAGAAGAUAUAUCAAGGCUCAUUUCAACUCGAUGGAUGGCCACCUUGUCGAUUGACAAAGUUUGAAGUGCAUUCUGAGCAGUCAUCUGAGUUUGCAAAAGUGUCUCGGAGCUUCUGAAUAGGAUUAUGGAGAAGAAAACAAACGUCCUGUUAUAUGGCCUGGGAGCCAUUGGCUCAUUCUAUGCCUUCAUCAUGGCCCGAGCAAAACCCGUUCGACUUUCCGUGGUGGCUCGGUCGAACUACGACGCCGUCAAGAAGAACGGUGUCAAAAUAACCAGCAUGAAUCAUGGCACACACCAUUUCGCGCCUUUUCAAGUCCUCAAAACGCCCGCAGAAGCUGGAGAGAAGUUUGAUUUCGUCGUUCUUGCCAACAAAGCCAUCGAUGUGACGUCGGUACCCGAGAGAAUAGCUCCCGUGGUCGAGGAAGGCAAAACUACCAUUGUCCUCAUUCAGAAUGGGGUCGGCAACGAGGAUCCUUUUCGCAAGGCCUACCCCAACAAUGUCAUCCUAAGCUGCGUGACUUGGGUUGGUGCUGUCCAACACUCUCCCGGCGUGGUAGAACACAAAGCCUCUGAACACACUCACAUUGGCAUCUUCCCAGGUCCCCAAGUGGAUGCAGCAUUGGAAAAGGCAAAACUCAAAGAAUUCACCGACAUAUGGCAAGAAGGAGGAACUCCAUUCACCAUUCAAGACAAUAUUCAAAUCCAAAGAUGGGAGAAGGUGGUGUGGAAUGUGGCAUGGAACGCAUUGACGACGCUGACCAUGCUUGACACCCAUUCUUGGCUCAGUUCCUCUGACAGAUCGACGCCCAUGACCAAAACCUUGAUGCAGGAAGUCAUCAGUGUUGGUCGUGCAGCCGGGGUGCCUCUGGAAGACUCCUUGACCGAUUCAUUGAUAGAGCGAAUACUGGCCAUGCCUACCAUCGGCAGCAGCAUGCAAGUUGACUGCAAGAGGGGAAGGGUAAUGGAGGUGGACAUCAUUCUAGGAACACCAGUCAGAAAGGGCAAGGAGUUGGGAAUUCCGACGCCGACACUUGAUGUCCUCUACACUUUGCUGCUGGCUGUCAAUUCACGGAUGCAAUAGUCUACCGUGUCUCCAGACUUGUCUCACCCAGCAUAGUGUCAGUCACUUGGCUGGUACUAUGCAACCUCAAACAAUCUCCUACCGACCCAUCCACCCACCGUCAACCGUUAAGAUCUCACCAUUCAUAUAUACACUUGCCCUACUGGCCAGAAAUACUGCCGGCCCUUUGAAAUCUUCCGGAUUUCCCCACCUCCCCGCUGGAAUCCUCUCCAGAAUCUGACGAGCUCUUGUUUCGUUGUUGAUCAAGGCUUCAUUCAUGUCUGUGGCAACGUAUCCCGGGGCGAUGGCAUUGACAUUGAUUCCCCGACUCGCCCACUCAUUGCUAAAUGCCUUGGUCAACUGUGCCACACCUCCUUUUGAACUCGAGUAUGCGGGAACUGUGAUACCACCCUGAAAGCUGGUUAGGCUAGCGAUAUUGAUGAUCGAGCCACGAUGAGGACCAGGACGACCAAGCAUAUAAGCCCCGAAAUCACGACACAGGGUGAAAACGCUGGUCAAGUUGACUUGAAGCACCUCGUUCCAAUCGUCGAGUGGAAAUUGAUGGGCAGGAUGACGACGUUGAAUUCCAGCACUGGUGACAAGGAUAGAGACAUCAUGACCAUCAGCUAGAAUCCUGGGUGCUAAAGCCUUGACGUCGGCUGAAGAGCUAAGAUCUGCGGUAUAUAUGAAGAUAUUGGGAGAACUUUGAUCAUGUCGAACGAGCGAUUCGAUGGUUUCUUUGGUCUGGAGAUUUGAUGUGUCUCUCUACAGUAGAUAUCCCAUCAGUGACCCUAAAUAGGUCUGAAGUAUCAAGACUAAAGUACUAGACUUUGCAAGUCUUUCUUUUAUC